AUGCCGCUGUACGAAAUUACCGGAAACACCCAGAGUCGCUUCGUUCAGGCCGCAGCCCUCCUUCACUUGCUCGAUCCAGUGCGUGGCGAACCAAGUGCGUAUGGCCUCGAUCAGGACUCGAACACACUGGAACAGAAUCGGGAGCGGCUUCUGAAACGGAAGUUUCUCGAUUCUUUCGCCCUGAUCUGCGCAAAGAAGAAAGACGGCGACACGGUGUCGGCCGCGUGUUUGGAGGAAGGCCGACCAGAGGGAACGAUAGUCCGCAUUGCCAGUAAUCAGGGCGUCGCACAAUCCACGCUUGCUGAGCUACGAGAAUUAGUGGCUGUUCUGAAUGGCGUUGCAGCCCGUGAGUACGCCGCAUCCGACAAGGCCGCGGAAGUCUUGCAGCGGAUCACCAGCCUCGAUGCUGUCAGAAUACGGUCCUAUCUGAAAGACAUUCGCAGCGUGGGUGACGAUGUGAGGGACAUCGUCGACGUCUCCAGUUCGGCACCAGCGUUCCUCCAACUCGACAACGCUGGCAGCUUUCCAGAAUGGAUUGCGCACGUCUUCACGAUCCGAGACCUCCCUCUAGAGCCUGCCUCUGAAAGUCUUGUCGACCAUGUUCAGUGGGCUUUGGAGGCUCGACGAACGUACCUAGCAUGUCUCAAAGCUCUUUUCCCCGACACUUUACCCCGAUGGGUUUACGCCAUUCUCAAGCUUGGACGGUAUGCGAUUGCCUCUAUGGCAUUACUCCAUUUUGCAUCCGACUUCCCGGCUCUCUUCAAUCCCAUGCUUGUAGAGCCGGCAAUCGCCCCUCCGAGAACCCAAUUCACAGGCAUGGAAGAGAUGCCCUUGACGAGCGUGCUUCGAAGAAUUGCCAGCGGUCCAGAAGUGACCCACUAUAUCUCACGCCUCGCGCAGGUCUGGCAGGUACAGGACCCAGAAGCCCAUUUUCGAAAUGUUUGCACUUUAAACCUUCCUGUUCAUGCUGAAAUGCAGCUCCUCAAUUUCUACGACCACAACCCCAAGAGGAAACCGUCCUUCCGCUUCAUCGGGGUCAGCAAGAAAUCCUGUUUUCUGUGCCAUUGGUUUCUCACGAGGCAUCCGCAAUCAUUCAACAUUGCGGCUUGCCACCAGAAGCUUUAUCUCACCUGGAGACCUCCACCCGCAGCCGACGCCGUCAUCUAUAGACGAUACAAGGCCAUUGUAACCGACUUGGCCAAAGCCAUGGAGUUGACGGCGAAACAGGAACUGCAAAAUCGUCUCGGUCUCCGACGCCCUGUUCCCCCGGAUUCAACUGCUGGUGUGUCAGUCUCAGGUCUGAUGGAUCUCAACAACAGAUCACAUGACGCACCCGCAAUCUCGGAGAUGGUCACUACGUCGGCAAAGUCUGUCGUGCGGGAGGUAGCACCUACAACAUCGUCACUGCGGCCGAUCCCGGUGGUGGACACUUCAUCCCGAGAUGAAGAAUUGUCCUGGCGUCCUUGGAACAACUCUUCUGUCGGUGAUUCAUGCUCAACCACCGAAAUGAUGUUCCAUGUGAUGCGCUUGAACGAAACUCAGCGGCAAGACAUCAUCGCUCUACGUGACGUUAUGGAUCGACAUUCCGGAGAACCAUCGUGGGCCAAACUAGUCGACCUUCUCAUGGACGAGGCUGGGGUUGGUUUGAGGGACGGAGACUUUCUCAUGGUAAACGAUCGGAUCCGAGUCGGUAAUGAGAGACAGCUGCUUGCUUGCCUGCAGUUCCUGCGAAACGAGAAGGUGUUGAACUCGGAAGUCUAUGUCUAUAACUUGAGCACACGAUCACCAGGCGUGACUCAGCAAGGCUAA